CGACAACUAAUUCGGAGUUCGAAUGAGAGAGAAAUUACUGAAAGACAACAGCCUCUCCAAAGUUAUGGGCUGACCUUCAAAGUUAGACCGUAAGUUUGCCAUUUUGGUCAUAGCUUUGACCCUGGGAAGCAGAACGCAUUGCAAAGUUACAUGCUACCUUCAAAGUUAUGGGAACUUUGACCGUAACUUUGCCUCUGGGAGUUAUAUAAAUGUGUUUAUUGUGGAUUUGAAGGACGAGAGAUGGGUUUUGGAUCCCAAACACCCAAGGGAAGAACCCGGGGAUCAUUCUUGGAGCUAUUUUGGAGGAUUUCUUCACCAUUGAAUCUCGAGAAUCAAGCUUGGAGAUGGAGAUUGAAGAUAUAGAUCAUAUUCUGCACUCUCUCUCUUAUGUAUGGAGUAACUUCCCUUCACUUAGGUUUUGAGGAACCCUAGCCAUGUUUGUUUGAUUGGAUGAUUGUAUGAGUAAUCCUACUUGAUAAUCUUGAGUUCAUAUUCAAUUUAUGAAUGUUUUCAUGAUUCAUUUCUGCUUUAGUCGAGAUUAUUGAUUCUGCUUUGAUCCUAUGGCUAUGAGAGAGGAUACCUGAUUAGGUCAAUAGAACACCAUAGAUUGAUAGUACUGGAUCGAUUGCUUUAGUCAAUGGUCAAUUCACUGCUUUGUAUUGAUUGAGAACCUCAUUUAAUAGAGGGAAUCUAGUUCAGAACGCCUUGAUCAAUUGUUCUAGAGAAGGAUACCUCCCUCUAGGCAAUUUAUUCAAGAGGACCUUGACUUAUUUAGUCGAGAUUCAAGGUAUAGUAAGGGAUUCUCCGCAUUGUGAAUGAAAGUGAAACAAGUUAGAGAUCACCAAUCAUUUUAUCUGGCUAGUGGCUAGGGGAAAUCAUACCUCAGUGAGUUCCCAAUCUGGAAUUAGAUUAACUUUAACCAUAGUUUGCUAGAGUAGUUAUAGUUCUUCUAUCUUUAUCUGGUUUGCUAAAUAAUGAACUGAAGCUAAGUAAUAGUAACUCCAGAGACCCGUGGAUUCGAUAUUUAUUACUGGUACCACUAUACUGCAGUCCCUUUCAUUGGUUACACUUGGCCAUUGUUAGGAGUUGUGUCGUAGCGAGUUAAUCCUCAAUUGGACCAAUGUUGAUUACUACCCUAGAUUGAUUGACUUGAUACUUCUACCAUAUAGAAUUCUAGACUAGAUUAUCCCCCCUAUUCGAGGCAUUCCACCUAGGGUCGGGAAAUUGGUUGCAGUUUUGUGGUUAAACCGCUAACCGUACCUAAACCACACAGUUAAACCGCAAAAAUAGCCUCUUUUGCGGUCGCAGCUGUAGAUAUGCGCUGUUUUGCUUUUAACCGCAACCGAAACUGUGAAUAGCUCUAACCGCAAUGGUAAAAGGAAAAAUCCAGCCCAAUCCAUUUCCAGUCCAACCCAUAAAACAAACCCCACCCCACCCUACCCCAACCCAACCCGACCCGGCCCCUUCCCCCACUUCCCCAUUUUGCCUUUGCGAUUCGUAAUUCCCAUUUCCUACUUUCCAGGUCUGAAAGACUGAAAUCCCUAACCCAACUACCCUAAUUGCCCACCGUCGAGAGUCUUGAGAGUUGAGACGUCGACCGAUGACCAUGAAAUCCUCCUGUUGCCGUUCCUUGUCGCUGUCGGCUGUCGCCCCCGCAGGCUCGAGUAUAGACUUCCUCAGAUGGCGCGACAUUCGCAUCUGCUUCUGUUCUUCUCAUCUUCCCUCGAGUCUCGACAAGUUGACCUGCUCUGCUCUAUUCAUCGACAUCAAAGUUAGGUUGCAGUCUCUGCUCGUCGCUCUACACAUCGGCUCUGCUUGUCGGCCAUCGCACAGUUAAAUCAGUUGUUAACUCCAAUAACCGCGGUGCACUGUUAACCGUGUUUUGCGGUUAGCGGUUAACCGCUAACAGUACCAGGUGCGGUUGUGGUUUAAUAUGGGUACUUUGUGGUUGUGGUUAACUGCAAAUUGCGGUGCAGUUAACCGCAAUAGCAUCGUUUCCCACCCCUAUUCAACCACACUCAUUUCUCUAUCUGACGAGGCAUACCAUACGACUGGCAUAGGAGAUUGAGAUGUUCACAACCAACUCCCACGAUUGGGCAAAACCCAAUACGGUACUACAAAUCCUAUCACACUCAUUUAAAGACCCAUCGUGAUGAAUUGGUAGUGCUCAAUUCAACAUAGAGGGAUAUUAUCCCUCCUAGGUCCCAAAUUAAGGGAUGAGAUAAAGAUAUAUUAAUUUCAUGAAAUACUCAAUUCAAUAGAUAAUAGAACAUCACAAUCAUAAGGUUUGUCACAUACAUCAACAAUCAAACCACCAUCUCGACCUAGGGUUCAUCACCCUAAGUGAAGGAAAGCUAACUCGUAGAGAAUAAGAGAGAGAUACAAUAUAAGGCUUAGAAUCUUUGAUCUUCAUCUUUUAGGGGAUGAUUUUCAAUCUCCAAUGGUGAUUUGCACCUCCAAAAUGGCUACAAGAAUCCUCCUAGUUUACUCUUUCUAUAUUCGCCCCUUGAGUGUUUUAGGGUAGAAAAACCCAACUCCCCCUCUCAACAAUGCGUUGUCAAUUUAUACUCGUAGUAGUAUAAGGAUCACACCCUAGUAUAGUGUUUCAUGACCAUGAAGUGUGCAAGCAAUGAUCUUAGUUGAAAACACACCAUUUUGUGCAUACUUCACGGUUUUGGUGUUAUUUUCACUCCCUCAUACAGUUAAGUGUGCAUAGCCCGCGAGAUGCACUAACCCUGCUAGAAACUUGUUUUGUUCACGGUUUUGGGGCAUUUUCACAGCCUCCAGGCUGUGAACUUUUGCUCUGACCCGUGAACCAACUCCUUCACUUUUUGGCUAAUUUUGAUCUCUGAAUGUCCCAGAACUUGUUGUAGACACCACAUUUUGUCCGAACAAGCAUUCUACUCAAAACCCUAAAGUAAACAUAUAACGACAAAUUAAAAAGGAAAUUAGAAGUAAAUUGAUUGAGAAUAGCAAUGACGGGUCAUUGAGUACCAAUAAAUAUCAAAUUCCCUUUCUAGUAUCAUAUGAGUUGUGACUAGUAGUGGCAAAUCGACGAACACUCAAUAACUACCAGCUUAGCUUAUGCUAAGAUUGAUUUAGUUAAGACAUAUCGAUUUAGUAAAGAUUUGCAGUGACA